AUGGCAAAGGCUCAGCCAAUGAUCAGCUCCAGGAUGAUCAAAGACGAGGUAGUGGAGGCACCUCUCUAUCCAAUUAAUGGCCUUUUAUCUCCUGCAUCCGAUGAUGGAAGUUCUCCUUUAAUACGCCUACGACAAUGUUUUAUGUAUUUUGGACGAAAGUAUUGUCAACUCUAUGUGAACCAAAAUGGAGUUUUGACUUUUGAAAGACCAUGGGGAAGGUAUAUUGCACAGAGGUUUCCAAUGUCUGGACCCAUAGACAUCAUAGCUCCUUACUGGACAGAUUUGGACAACAGAAAAAUUGGAAACGUCACAUAUAACCAAUACACCUCUGGCCCUGUCCUUAAACAAGCUACUAGUGACAUUAAUAAAUACUUCCCAAUAUAUAAUUUUGAAGCCAGCUGGGUUUUUGUUGCAACAUGGCAUGAAGUGGCCUACUAUCCAAAUUUUGGAGAUGGUUCAACUAUACAAGUUGUAUUAAUCAGUAAAGGACAAUUGUCUUUUGUGCUUAUGACCUAUGGAACAAUAUACCCAACAAAUUAUGAUGUGCAGGCAGGUUAUGACACAAAAGAGUCAACUCACUAUUUCUCAAUUCCUGGAUCAUUUUCUGAAAACGCAAGUGGGCCGAACUCCACCUUUCGCCUGAGCAGCAAUGUGAAUGUACCAGGAUGCUGGGUCUUUCAGAUGAAUGAGAAAGCAGGUUGAUUAUUCUUUGCUACUUUUCUUAUAAACCAAACAAAAAGAAAAUAUUUUACAGAUAAUGUACAGCCCUGUUGUUUUAUGUGCAUUUCUAAUAAUGUUAUAGAUGAAAAAAUAGAGAAGGGCAUCUGUGUCAUCCAUGGUGAUCCUCAUUACAUAACAUUUGACGGGAAGACGCACCACUUCCAGGGCCCCUGCACUUAUGUCCUGUCCCAGCAAUGUGGUUCGGAGCUGACCAACUACAGAGUAGAAGGCUCCAACGAGCAUCGGCACAGCUCUGCCACUUGGACACGACUGGUCAAAGUGUUUGUGUACAAUGAAACCAUCGAGCUUGUCAAAGGACAUCAUGGUGAAGCUAAGGUCAAUGGGAUAUUUGCAACAACCCCCAUCUCCCUCAUCAAUGGCGCUGUUUUUGUUUAUACAUUAGGUUUUUCAGUUUUUGUCAGUACUGACUUUGGUUUGGAAGUCUCCUAUGACACUGAUGCUUUCGUGACAAUCAAAGUGCCAUACCGUUACCAGGGAGCAACAUGUGGCCUUUGUGGGAACUUUAACAAUGAUCCUGAUGAUGAUUUUCAAACACCAGAAGGAGAUAUUGUGAGCUCUCUUGACUUUGGUAAAAGUUGGCAAGUGCUAAGCGCUGAUGAGCCUGAAUGUGCGGUCUGUGAAGGUCCAGACUGUUAUGAUUGCCCUGAAGAUAAGAAGGCUUUAUUCCAUAAUUCUGAUCACUGCGGCAUCCUUCAGGACACAUCUGGACCUUUUGCAGCUUGUCAUCAUGUGCUUUCACCGGAGACUUUUGUGGAGAGUUGUGUGUACGAUCUCUGUUUGGAAGGAGGACAACAAAAUAUUCUCUGUCAAGCACUAAAUGUCUACGCCAGUGAGUGUCAAAACGUGGGUGUACAACUACAGAACUGGAGAAGACCCGGAUUCUGUGAAAUCACCUGUCCAGAAAACAGCCAUUUUGAGUCUCAGAGCACAGGUUGUCCAGCUACUUGUGUCAAACCUGAGAUUCCUGAUGACUGUGCACGUGCUUCUGUUGAGAGCUGCGCUUGUAAUGAAGGCUAUGUUUUGAGUGGUGCAGACUGUGUGCCUGUCCAUGAGUGUGGCUGCAACUUUGAGGGGUUCUACUACCAUUCUGGGAAAACCGUUAUACUGGACCAAGACUGUAGCAGGAUUUGUGAUUGCAUUUCUGGUAACAUGACUUGCCAUUCACAUGUUUGUGAAUCACAUGAAGAGUGCAAGGUGUUCAAUGGAGAAAGAGGUUGUUACGCCCGUACAUGUUCAGUCUCAGGUGUGUCCAUCCAGCCAGGUGUGUCCGUUUGGACUGACAGUACCUGUACGCAGAAGUGCAGCUGCACCACAUCUGGCCUGUUGUGUCACAACGAAUCCUGUACCACUUCCCAAGUCUGUAACUCUCUUAAUGAUUUUCACUUUACCUGCCAGCCUAUCCAGAAAGCGAUCUGUGUCAUCUAUGGGGAUCCUCAUUACAAAACAUUUGAUGGGGAGACGCACCACUUCCAGGGCCCCUGCACUUAUGUCCUGUCCCAGCAAUGUGGUUCGGAGCUGACCAACUACAGAGUAGAAGGCUCCAAUGAGCAUCGCGGCAGCUCUGCCACUUGGACACGACUGGUCAAAGUGUUUGUGUACAAUGAAACCAUCGAGCUUGUCAAAGGACAUCAUGGUGAAGCUAAGGUCAAUGGGAUAUUUAAAACAACCCCCAUCUCCCUCAUCAAUGGCGCUGUUUUUGUUUAUACAUUAGGUUUUUCAGUUUUUGUCAGUACUGACUUUGGUUUGGAAGUCUCCUAUAACGCUGAUGCUUUGGUGACAAUCAAAGUGCCAUACCGUUACCAGGGAGCAACAUGUGGCCUUUGUGGGAACUUUAACAAUGAUCCUGAUGAUGAUUUUCAAACACCAGAAGGAGAUAUUGUGAGCUCUCUUGACUUUGGUAAAAGCUGGCAAGUGCUAAGCGCUGAUGAGCCUGAAUGUGCGGUCUGUGAAGGUCCAGACUGUUAUGAUUGCCCUGAAGAUAAGAAGGCUUUAUUCCGUAAUUCUGAUCACUGUGGCAUCCUUCAGGACACAUCUGGACCUUUUGCAGCUUGUCACCAUGUGCUUUCACCGGAGACUUUUGUGGAGAGUUGUGUGUACGAUCUCUGUUUGGAAGGAGGGCAACAAAAUAUUCUCUGUCAAGCACUAAAUGUCUACGCCAGUGAGUGUCAAAACGUGGGUGUACAACUACAGAACUGGAGAAGACCCGGAUUCUGUGAAAUCACCUGUCCAGAAAACAGCCAUUUUGAGUCUCAGAGCACAGGUUGUCCAGCUACUUGUGUCAAACCUGAGAUUCCUGAUGACUGUGCACGUGCUUCUGUUGAGAGCUGCGCUUGUAAUGAAGGCUAUGUUUUGAGCGGUGCAGACUGUGUGCCUGUCCAUGAGUGUGGCUGCAACUUUGAGGGGUUCUACUACCAUUCUGGGAAAACCCCUAUCCAGAAAGCGAUCUGUGUCAUCUAUGGGGAUCCUCAUUACAAAACAUUUGAUGGGGAGACGCACCACUUCCAGGGCCCCUGCACUUAUGUCCUGUCCCAGCAAUGUGGUUCGGAGCUGACCAACUACAGAGUAGAAGGCUCCAAUGAGCAUCGCGGCAGCUCUGCCACUUGGACACGACUGGUCAAAGUGUUUGUGUACAAUGAAACCAUCGAGCUUGUCAAAGGACAUCAUGGUGAAGCUAAGGUCAAUGGGAUAUUUAAAACAACCCCCAUCUCCCUCAUCAAUGGCGCUGUUUUUGUUUAUACAUUAGGUUUUUCAGUUUUUGUCAGUACUGACUUUGGUUUGGAAGUCUCCUAUAACGCUGAUGCUUUGGUGACAAUCAAAGUGCCAUACCGUUACCAGGGAGCAACAUGUGGCCUUUGUGGGAACUUUAACAAUGAUCCUGAUGAUGAUUUUCAAACACCAGAAGGAGAUAUUGUGAGCUCUCUUGACUUUGGUAAAAGCUGGCAAGUGCUAAGCGCUGAUGAGCCUGAAUGUGCGGUCUGUGAAGGUCCAGACUGUUAUGAUUGCCCUGAAGAUAAGAAGGCUUUAUUCCGUAAUUCUGAUCACUGCGGCAUCCUUCAGGACACAUCUGGACCUUUUGCAGCUUGUCACCAUGUGCUUUCACCGGAGACUUUUGUGGAGAGUUGUGUGUACGAUCUCUGUUUGGAAGGAGGGCAACAAAAUAUUCUCUGUCAAGCACUAAAUGUCUACGCCAGUGAGUGUCAAAACGUGGGUGUACAACUACAGAACUGGAGAAGACCCGGAUUCUGUGAAAUCAGCUGUCCAGAAAACAGCCAUUUUGAGUCUCAGAGCACAGGUUGUCCAGCUACUUGUGUCAAACCUGAGAUUCCUGAUGACUGUGCACGUGCUUCUGUUGAGAGCUGCGCUUGUAAUGAAGGCUAUGUUUUGAGCGGUGCAGACUGUGUGCCUGUCCAUGAGUGUGGCUGCAACUUUGAGGGGUUCUACUACCAUUCUGGGAAAACCCCUAUCCAGAAAGCGAUCUGUGUCAUCUAUGGGGAUCCUCAUUACAAAACAUUUGAUGGGGAGACGCACCACUUCCAGGGCCCCUGCACUUAUGUCCUGUCCCAGCAGUGUGGUUCGGAGCUGACCAACUACAGAGUAGAAGGCUCCAAUGAGCAUCGCGGCAGCUCUGCCACUUGGACACGACUGGUCAAAGUGUUUGUGUACAAUGAAACCAUCGAGCUUGUCAAAGGACAUCAUGGUGAAGCUAAGGUCAAUGGGAUAUUUGCAACAACCCCCAUCUCCCUCAUCAAUGGCGCUGUUUUUGUUUAUACAUUAGGUUUUUCAGUUUUUGUCAGUACUGACUUUGGUUUGGAAGUCUCCUAUGACACUGAUGCUUUGGUGACAAUCAAAGUGCCAUACCGUUACCAGGGAGCAACAUGUGGCCUUUGUGGGAACUUUAACAAUGAUCCUGAUGAUGAUUUUCAAACACCAGAAGGAGAUAUUGUGAGCCCUCUUGACUUUGGUAAAAGCUGGCAAGUGCUAAGCGCUGAUGAGCCUGAAUGUGCGGUCUGUGAAGGUCCAGACUGUUAUGAUUGCCCUGAAGAUAAGAAGGCUUUAUUCAGUAAUUCUGAUCACUGCGGCAUCCUUCAUGACACAUCUGGACCUUUUGCAGCUUGUCACCAUGUGCUUUCACCGGAGACUUUUGUGGAGAGUUGUGUGUACGAUCUCUGUUUGGAAGGAGGGCAACAAGAUAUUCUCUGUCAAGCACUAAAUGUCUACGCCAGUGAGUGUCAAAACGUGGGUGUACAACUACAGAACUGGAGAAGACCCGGAUUCUGUGGUAUGUGA